AUUGGGUUAGAAUAGAGGAGUUGACGCCGUUUCAGACAAGCCUUAUCACCUCUCAUAUUGCCGGUGCAUAGCUCGCCCACAAUGACACACAGAACCGGCAUUCACGUACUCGCCUUCGAUAUCUACGGGACAAUUCUGAACACUAACAGCAUCACAUCGGGGAUCAAACAACAUAGUCAUCUAGACGACGAGAAGGCCGCCCAACUCAGCCAACUAUGGAGGCGAUAUCAACUCGAGUACACAUGGCGCCUGAACUCCAUGGGUCUCUACGAGCCUUUCGACACCGUUACUAAGAGCAGCCUCAAGCACGCUGCCGCGGAGAUGGACAUCAUACUCGCGGACGGCGAGAUCGCCGCCUUGAUGAGCGACUAUAGCCGUCUUCUCCCGUUCGAAGACGCAGUUCCGGCGCUGGAGGAACUGAGUCGAAAUCCGAAUAUCAAGGUCGUUAUUUUCAGCAACGGGACCGAGCAGAUGGUCUCAACAGCAUUGCAUGCCUCGCUACCCGAGGCACUCCUCCCCCUACCACUACACCUCGCAGACUCGGUAAGGCAGUACAAGCCAGCGCCGUCCAUCUAUGAUGGACUGCGCAAGGCAUUCAGCGACGCUCCCGGGGCGCAGGGCGACUCGCCCGACGUCUGGCUUGUCAGUGGGAACCCUUUCGACGUCACUGGUGCACGUGCCGCGGGACUGGGAGCUUUCUGGGUCGACCGCGCUGGCGGCGGGUGGAAGGAUCAGAUCCCUAUGCUCACGCUGGUGUAGGACCUCUCAAGAUCGUGAAGAAUCUAGGAGAGAUAGCAACGAUUGUCAAGGAGGAGUCCUGAAGAGCUCGUCGCCAGUUCCGUGUGAAUGUGUCCGCAUGCACCACACAAGACAAUGUCAACGUUC